AUGCCGAAGCCGCGUCUACCGCUAACUCCGGCCUCGUCGACCGACAUCGCCGCCAUGGACAAGAUGGACAAGGCCGCAGACGACCUCUACUUCGCUCUCCCGCCCGCCGCCAUCCAGCACCACCACCACCAACCACCACCACAGCAGCAGCAGCAGCAGCAGCAACAGCAACAGUCACAGCAGCAGCCACAGCCAGAGACGAGGCGCUCGAAGAGACAGCCAGAGUUCAGUCUGCCGCCGCCGCCCACGCGCACUCGCAAGAUCAUCCAGGUCAAGCCCAAGCGAGACGAAGAAGCCGACCAGCCAGAUGCCGCCGCCCCGGCAGCCACCACCAAGAAGAAGCCCAGCGCAGCCACCGCGGCCGGACGCAAGAUAGCCCGGCGCACUGCUCACAGCCUCAUCGAGCGUCGGCGCCGGUCCAAGAUGAACCAGGAGUUUGCCACGCUCAAGGACAUGAUUCCCGCCUGCAGAGGACACGAGAUGCACAAGCUCGCCAUUCUCCAGGCAAGCAUUGAGUAUGUAAACUACCUGGAGAGCUGCGUCAGAGACCUCAAGGCCGCCAGACGAGACGACACGCCCACCUCGCCGUGCUGGCAGCCCUCGUCAAACAUCCAGAUGGACUCGGCAAGCUCAUACUCGGUCUCGCCGGACAUCCACCCGUCAACAGCAAACACCUCCACCAUGCCAUCUCCAGCCCAGAGUCAGGGCCAGCAGACCUCGUCCGGAUUCGACAUCAUACCCAUGGUCCUGCCUUCGCCUGCUCUCAGACCAACGACAACUUCCACCACCACAUCCUCUGCCUCCAGGACAUACAGCAUGUCCACCACAGCCACCACCUCCACCAACACAUCGCCCUUACUCCCACCCAUGGCCGGAGACGAUGUUGCCGUCCAGGAAGACGAUGUCGACAUGGACAGAGAGGCCACUGCUGCCCUUCUCAUGCUCACCACCGACAGAAGACACUCCUCGACCUCAGCCACCACUGCCUCGGCCACUACUUCACCCACCAUAUGGCCUCACUCACAUACACAACAUACACAUGUCAGGCGCAAGCUCGGCAUGAGUGUACAUGACCUCCUCACCCACUAA